AUGGUCCCAGGUGCAGACCUAGGCGCAAGCACGGGGGUACAAGGAUCCGAUCAGAUGUCCAACAUCCGAGGGGAGGAGUCUUCGAAGUACCAGGAGGAGGUGGAGUUGAACACGCAGUCGGCAAAGACGGUGGAGGGCGCCGUGUCGAAGCUCUCUGGCGGCACCUCUUUCCUGCAGAGGCGUGCGGAGGAGCCGGACAAGGGCUACGUCCUUGGACUCCUGAAAGGAAUCCAGGUGGCGGACACUUGCAUCGCGGAUAUCGGAGACACUCAGAGAUCCACUAGCGCCACAGGCGGUGCAGGUUGUGAUGGAAGUGGAAGGCUAGCUGCUGCCGAUGGACGUGCAGCGCGCCUCACUAAGACUCGCACCGAGCUGGACGAGUCGGAGAAGGCUGUACCCAUUGGUCCUGCUUUCGGAUACUCCAUCAAGGAUCAGGAGACCGUUCUGCAAAAUGAGGUGUUGCAGAAGAGCCGGCUGUUGGCCCAGAGUAAGUUGGACCUCGUCGAGGCGCAGCGCGUGCACGACGAAGAGAAGGAGGGCAUGAUCCAGCUUGUCUGGCUGCUCUACGUUAUGGGCCCUGUUUUUUUCUGGGUCUCAUUUCGGCAAGUUGUGUUGAGGUCGCAUGCUUACCUCAGCUGCUACUUUGUUGAGAUGCGUCGCUUCAUUGGGCAGGAGUCCAGCGCGGACAUGAUGCAGAUGGUGGCGGACACGAAGGAGGACUGUGCAGCCAAGGCAGCUGAGUUCGACGUGCGGAAGGAGGAUCAGGACAAGGAGCGAGCUGCCCUGGUGGAGGCAACUGGCGUCCUCAAAGAGGAGGAGGGCGGCGCCAAGGCCGCCAACUUCUUGCAGGUCGAUUCCGAGAGUCAUCGGGCGGGCGAGGAGAAGGAAGUUGAGCUGGUGCAGCACCAGACCCGCGACAAGGCCGAGGGCAUGGGGCAAGCCGCCGAGGUGCGGGAUCUGUUACUGUUGUGGUGUUUGAAGUUGCUGUGGCAGUUAGUCUUCUAUGUGCCACUGAAGUGGGCGGUCCUCGGGCUCGUUGAUGCCAUCGAGAGCCACCAAACAGAAGACGCCAAGAGGAAGAGCUUCUGCGAGGUUCAGAUGGGCAACAACCAGAAUUCCAAAGCCAAGACCGAAGGCGACCUCGUGCGCCUCAAGGCCAGGGAAGCCUUCUUGGAGUCAGAAGUGGGAGCCACCUCUAAGGAGGUGACGGAGCUGAAGGCCCAGGCCCAGGCCUUCACGGAGCGUCUCACGAAGUUGGAGGCGGCGCGGACCAAGGAGAAGGCCUCGUACAAGGCCUCGACGAAGGACCGCGAGCUUACGGUGCAGGUCGUGAAGAAAGCCAAGGGCAUCGUCGAGAGCUUCUAUGCAACAAAGGACCCGCAGGGCCUGGUACAAGUGCGGGACCACCAGGGCCAUGAGCCUACGGAGGUGGCACAUGCAGCUGACGAGCCCAAGAAGGAGCAAAAAGCACCCCCAGAGACGUGGACCUUGGGCAGCUCGAGGAAAGGGGGCCUCGGUCAGUCGGUCAUUGCCAUGCUGGACACGAUCAUGUGGGACUUUAAGAAGGAGCAGGAGGAUGCAGAGAAGGCGGAGCAGAAAGCGGACGACUCCUUGGACAAAAUCCGCGAGGACACCAAAAAACUGUUCGACAAGAAGCUGGAGCACGUGUCGCGUCUUCUCCAGGAGAAAGCUAGAGACGCAGAAGAGCUCACGCAGGUGAAGGCGGACUCCGAACUGAAGAACACAGCCCUCACGGCCACGACCGGAGCGUUGUCAAAGUUGGACAAGGAGUGCAAGGACCUGUUGGCCAAUUUCGGCAAGGUCGCCAAGGAGAGGAAGAGGCAGAUCCUUCAAUUGAAGGAUGUUGCCGACAUCCUCUCCGGUGCAACAGUGGGCUCCCGCACCGGCGUGAAAGCGGGCUUGUUGGCCUUGGAGUCGCUGCAAGCCUAG